AUGACUUUUUAUAAUGACAAGGGGAGAAAAUUGCCAAGAACAUUAUCUUUUAGUGAUAUGUAUACAUUAGUGUUCUUUAUUAACUAUCUUAGAAAUAAAAAUGAAGCAUUUAAAAGAAUAAAUCUAGUAAAUUCAAAGUUUUAUAGAUUAUAUUCAAUUUUAUUUAUUAUUUCCUUAUAUUUUUUGCUACAACGUAUUUCUAAACGAAAGGAUAAAACAUGUUUGGGAUUAUAUUUCAAUAAUUUAAAUUUAAGAGAAUUAUCUGAACAGCUCAGCAAAGAGUAUAGAGAAUCUGUAGAAGAUUUUCCAUGUUUGAGAUUAUAUUUCAAUAAAUUAAAUUUAAGAGAAUCAACUGAACAUCUAAGUAAAGAAUGUAGAAAGUAUUACUUAGAGAGUAGUGAAAGUAUGUAUGCAAAAAGGAAAAUCUAUGAGUUAGAUCUCUUUCCAGAUAUUGAAACAGACGAAGAAAAAUCCAAGAGACUAAAGGAAAUUUGGUAUAAAAAUUGCCUUAAAGAAAGAGCAAGUUAUUGGCAAAAAAGGAUGAAAUACUGGAAUGAAAUAGAAGAAAACAUUUAUAUUGAUUGGUAUUUUGGACCUAAAACUAAAAAAAUGGAUAAAGAGUGGAAAGAUAAGAAGUGGAAUGAAUGGUUUGAAAUGUUCUCUAAAAAAAUGUGGAAAGAAGAUAUGAAAGAUACGAAGAGUUUCAAGAAAAAGAUAAAAAGAGAAUAUUCUUUAGAAGUAAUUGUUCAAUCAUUUAUGAAAAAAGAAAAAUCAUUUGAAAAGAAAAAGAUUAAAAUAAUGAAAGAAUGGGAUGAAUUUGUUAACAUAUCAGUGGAACAAUGGGAAAAUGAAAAAAAAUAA